AUGGCAUCGAGCGGCUAUUUGCAAGCGGUGAUGCUGCUAUUAGCCGUGCAGCUCCUGUGUUUUAGGCCAAGUGAUGCGGAGCAGGAGACAGGGACGGUAAUCCCUGCCGAAAGUAAGUGGUUUUAUUUCAUAGAUUGUAUUGUCUUUCUGGCAUUUGCGAUUAUACACAAUGAGCGGUUGUUACUGUAGUGCGUAUGACUAUUGUCUAGGUGUAUAAAGAGAAAAAAUUCUAGGCCCAAACAAAAUCAAUUAUGACUAAUUGCCGAAUCGAUAGGUUAUACCAAUUGAGAACAGCCAUUGAUGAAGUGUAGCAGCAGGUAGGUAUUGAUUGUAAAUAUAAACGUCUUAAAAUAUGUUUUUGUUUUCACAAAUGCAGUAGCCUAUAAUGAAUCAUAAUGAACACAGUUUUUAUAUUUUGUCUCAUUGUCUUGCAGGUCGGCCCUGUGUGGACUGUCAUGCAUUUGAAUUCAUGCAGAGGGCACUGCAAGACCUUAAGAAGACUGCUUUCAACCUCGAUGCCCGGGUAUCAGUUCCUAUCCCUUUCUUUUCAGUUACACUUUAUGUUAGUGUGUAAUUAUUCUUAUAGUACAGUAUUUGGUAUUUUAUUAGGAUCCCCAUUAGCUGUUGCGAAAGCAGCAUCUACUCUUCCUUGGGUCCACAUGAAACAUGACAUAAUACAGAACAUUACUAGAGAAGAACAGCUGAAGGACAGAACUACAUCAAUUUAAUAACUAUUACAUUUACAAAUUGUUACACUUAGUGCUUGAAGUGGGCCGUAGUUGUCCAUCUCUAAUUUUCUAUUGAUUAAGAACUGGCACCUGUUAAAGAAUAGACUUUUGGCUCUAAUAUUAUGAUGAGUACCAGCAGUGGUGUAGUGGUGCCUGGAGAAGUGGGUAUACUCUAAUUUGACCAACAACAAAAAACGGCCCACCCGGCGAAGCAAAGGUGUGAAAAACUAUAUGUUUUCCUAUAGUUUUUUCAGGUUUUCACUCUCAAAAUCACACUUUUUAAAAAUAGAAAAACAACAAUGUUUAAACCACAUCAGGAUACCAUUUUGAGGUCUGGGGGGGAAAAUAUAUAUAUAUAUUUGGGGAGGGUUUAGUUGCCCUUUAAUUCAAUUGUACACCUAGCAUGAGACCUUUUGGCUAACAGUGUUGCUGUAGGCCUACAGUGUAUGUGAUGGCAGAGUUUGCAAAACAAAUGGCCUCCCAAUUCAUCAUCAUUCUACCAGGUAGGACUACCUUGCAGUCAACAUUUAAUUGGGAAGGUUUUUUGUGAAAGCCUUUAGACAUUUUCAAACAGCGCAUGAUGACUGAAUUGCGCAUUGCAAAGAUUCAACCAAGACUUCGGACCAAACUUUUUCAAUACCUGGUUUGCUUACCCAUUGUUGCUUUAACUAGCAUUCACUGGUAUAAGUUGAAACAUCUUUCCUACCUGCCCUACCAGCUACGGGCUACCGAUGUCGUUCUUCUCCUGUGAGAUGCUCCUGGUUGAGAGUUGUGCUCUUGCUGCCAGAUGAUAUUCCGUUGAAGCUAGGCUGUGUCCGGCACAUGUGAAUAUGCUUUGCGAUUGUGUAGGCUACUUUGUGCAUGAUUUCUCUAUUGUACUACAUAAUUGAUACAGCGUAUACCUUUACUAUACAACUUUGAUACGCAUAAGUGGGGAUUAAGAAGUGAGUAUACGCAAUGCCCCUACUACCCCACUGCGUACCAGCACCUAAAAUGAGUACCAGCACCUAAAAUGAGUACCAGCACCUAUUUCAUUCCACUUCAAGCACUGGUUAUGGCUGGGAUAGUACUGAGUUGCUCCCUAUAGAUGCAGUAAAGGGGUCAGUGGAGCGCAGACCGUUCCAUUGACCAGAUUGGUGCACAUUCAACAAAUCUGAUCUAACAAAGUGAUAUUCGUCAAAUCCGUCAUGAUUUAUGUAUUGUAACAGACCCACAAUGUGGUUACUUAAGUCCAAUUUGGAUAUAUUUGGAAGUUUUCACUGCAUAACAUUUAAAGGUUUUCCCUUUUCAGGUUUAGAAGAAGUGACUGCUAAAUGCUAACUCUCGUUCGUAUAAGCUGGUUAGCAUAGCUAGUGUACAGAAAUCGGCGGUGGUAGUCAGUCAUUUUUAACUGUAAUGCAGUUGAUUGGUUAAGAUGACAUGAACAUGUGUUGGGGUUGACAUCCAUACAAGCAUUAUACUCAGAUUUUUACCCCAACAUAGAGUGAAAUACAGGGGCGCAACUUUGGUUUUAGAAGUGGGGGGGGGGACUUAUUAUUAUUAUUAUUAUUAUACAAUUUUUAUCCAGUCAGAUAAACACUCCAAACAGCCUACCCGACCGCUCGGAGACGUCCGCAUGGUCCUAAAGCACACCGUUGCCUUGUUUUGUAUCACAUUCCAAUGAUAAAACUGGGGGGGACAAAAAUGCUAUUUCAGAAUGUGGGGGGGACAUGUCUCCAGUGAAAGUUGCGCCCCUGGUGAAAUACACAUAAACAAUAACCUAAAUGUAGGCACAUUUUGCUGCGCAGCAAUGAGGAGAUUCAGGAUCUUUCCCCCACAUGUUUCCAUGGCAAUUCCAUUGUUUUGGUCGAGUUCGAUUGACCUUUUUACCACAUCUAUACCCUGGCCUGCUGUAUAUCUACCUGUAAAGUUCCUCUAAAAGUCUUAGCCUAGUUUGAAAAGUUUACUCCGGCUAGUGCUCCCUAACAUGGCAUUGCUUUUAUUUCCUCCUAGACCGAGACCCUGGUGUUGAGGGCAGAGAGGCGAGCCCUGUGUGACUGCAUGCCCACUAAUACCCUGCACUGA